AUGAAUCGAUUAUUUGGAUCAAAAAGCACAGUGCCCAAACCAUCAUUGAAUGAUGCAGUGAAAAACAUUGAUGAAAGAGUAGGAGCUCUUGAUGUUAAAUUAACCAAGAUAAAUGCAGAAUUAUCAACAUAUCAACAAAAGAUAAGUAGAAUGAGAGAUGGACCAGGUAAGAAUGCCUUGAAACAGAAAGCAUUGAAGUUAUUAAGACAAAGGAAGCAGAUUGAGGCUCAAAAGGAUCAAUUAGAGAAUCAAUCAUGGAAUAUGACUCAAGCUCAAAUGACCACUGAUAAUUUACAAAAUACAAUGAUUACCGUUGAUGCCAUGAAAACAGCUAAUAAAACUUUAAAACAAACAUAUGGUAAGAUAGAUAUCGAUAAGAUAGAAUCCUUACAGGAUGAAAUGUUGGAUUUGAUUGAUAAAUCAAAUGAAUUACAAGAAGCUUUACUGACAAGUUAUGAUGUACCUGAUGAUAUAAGUGAAAGUGAAUUAGAUGCUGAAUUAGAUGCAUUAGGUGAAGAAAUGGAUUAUGAAAAUGAAUUAGCUGAAAGUGGGGUCCCAAGUUAUUUGAAUUCAGAUGCUUUGGGUACCGAUAAUUUACCAACCUUUAUUGAUGAACAACCAACUGAAGAAAGUGCUGCUAAAAUCGCUAAUUAA